CUUCCAGGAGGCGAGGCUUUGCUGUCAACGUCAACCAACGUCAUUAUUGAUCUUUAAGCGCUGCCCCUUGAUCGUGGUGUUUUAACUGGGCCACCACCUACCACCUAAUCACUUAACAGAGGGCAGUGCCAGACAACUUGUCACCAUAAGAUCUGCUUAUUUCUUUACGGUGUCCUAUUUGUUUAUCAGACGUAGGCUAUUGCACUGCCACUGGGAGUAAAAUCUGAAAAUGAAUAUACCACUGAAGACACUUCUGAUCUUCGGCUUAUUGAUUGCACUAGUGUCUACACAAGUCCUUGGAAGUGAUGAUGGAAGUGGUGAUGGAAGUGGUGAUUCCACAGAUACUCCAAUCCCAACCCCCACAUCAGCAGCUCCUGAGACAAUUACUACAGACACAACUACUGCUGCUGCCACAACUACUGCGACACAAGGUCCCUGUGCUUCCAGUCCUUGUAUUGGAGACAGCAGAUGUGAGGAGCGGUUCGAAGACUCAUUUGUUUGCAUCUGCCGGCCUGGGCUGCUUUACAGUAAUACAAAUGGCUGUAUUCAAACAAAGGUCUUCCCUGGUAAUUUAAAAUUUUCUGAAACUUUUGAGCCUGAAAUGAAUGACAAGACGUCUAAGAAGUUUAGAGACACAGCAAACAAAAUUGAGGAAAUGCUCAGCAACGUCCUUAAAAAGGAUGGAUACUUACAUUCUGUUGUUUUGAGUCUGAGUGAAGGCAGUAUAAUUGCAGAAGUGCAUAAUUUCUAUGACUUGAAAUCCGAUGCCACAACAGAAAAUGUUCAAAAUCAGAUUGAGAAAGCAAUUGAAGAAGGCGAUAUAGUAGGUGCCACUGGAUUCGAAAAAAAGACUGUGUGUAAUCUUGAAUCUUGUGACAGAGUCACCACAACCUGUAAUGAACAGGUUAGUGGUGUUGCAAGUUGCACUUGCAAGGAAGGGUACAUUAAGUCACAAUCCACACAUCAGGUCUGCCUUGCUUGUCCUAAUGGGCAAAGGGCGGUUGGCACAGAAGAUUGUGAAAUGUGUCCAUUUGGAUUUGCUGGGUUCAACUGCAGUGAUCCAAAUCUUUUGGUUGUGGUCGUGGUCUCCACUGUUUUGGGUGCAUUUCUGAUCAUCUUUAUUGUGGCACUGAUAGUUGUAAGUUGCAGGAAGCAAAAGGAAAGCUCUUCACCCAAGGAAGACUUUAGCUCAAGUUAUGGCAAUAUGGAAUUACAUAAACCUACAGGGGUUCCCAGGAUUCCUCGGGCCAACCCUGAUGCCAGCUGGAAGUCUAAUAAUCUGGAGAUGACCAAUAGUGGGAGCAAUCAGGCACUGGUGACCAGAGAUCGCCCAGAGAGCAAAGCGCGCUACUCUGAUUACGAGGAGGAUGUGAGCUAUAGGGGUCAAGUUCCCCCAGCGUACUCCGGUUACGGUGGGAGAGGAAUAGAAAAUGGCGGUGUCCAAAACCCAUACUUUCGGCAAGAUGAUGACAGAAUGCGCAGAUAUUAACAUCUCUUGAUCAGGACAAAUCUCUGCAAUGGGAUGAUUGAUUUUUCUUCAUCUUCAUAUGGACUGAAUUACUUUUUUUUAUUUCUGUGUUGACUAAAAUUCAAAGUUUAAUGAAAUGAAAUACAAAUACUACAAACAUUUUUUGCAUUUUUAUAUACAUCUUUCUUUAACCACAGGAACAGAAUUCAGAUUUCCUUUGUAUUUACAUUUUAUUGUAUUAGCAGCUAAUGAAGUUCAGUUCAUGGGCUUCACUUGAUCUAAGCUUUUGCUUUAAAAGUAUUUGGACAAAAUAUCUUUCCUGUAAAGCUUUUACAACAGCUCCUAUUCUACAUUUCAUUUUCUUUACCAUCUUAAAAACGUAAAAUCAAUAACUUUCAAAACACACAAAUGCUUUUAAUUUAGUGGAUGUUUAAGUCACAUAUUUUCAUGUUUGUCUUUGACAAAUUUUUUGGUUUUAUUUGGUUUUAGUGUUGUUAAUGCAUGGGCUGGAACUCAGGUACUGUAUACAAAAUAAAUCUAAAUAAAUCAUUGUUUCUUUCGACAUA